CUAUAUAAUGGUCCUUAUCUUCGCCAGCCUUAGUUAAUUACCCCUUAAGUUCUUUAGUUAGGUGUCUUAUUUCUCUCAUCUGAAUCCACUAUCAGCCCCAAAUAUGGGAAUCGAAACCUUGAACGUAUGAAUUUGUUUUCAUGGAAAGAUUCAUUGAUGCUAACUCUUGGCAUGUUGGAUUUUGAUUAUGCACUGAGAGAGCCUGCCCCUCCUGCUCCCACUGAUAAAAGUACUGCUGAAGAUAAAAUAGUACAUGAGAGAUGGGAGAGGUGCAACAGAAUGGCUCUUAUGCUCAUUAAAAAUUCCAUCAGCAUAAUCAUCAGGGGAGCUAUUCCAGAUUCAUCUAAUGCUAAAACAUAUCUGGCUUCCGUGGAGGAACAAUUCAAAGCAACUUCUAAGGCACAUGCUAGUACUCUUAUUUUGAAGAUGGUGACUACAAAAUAUGACGGGAAUAGCGGCAUUCGUGAGCACAUCAUGAUGAUGAACGACAUGGCCCAUUCAUCUAAUGCUAAAACAUAUCUGGCUUCCGUGGAGGAACAAUUCAAAGCAACUUCUAAGGCACAUGCUAGUACUCUUAUUUUGAAGAUGGUGACUACAAAAUAUGACGGGAAUAGCGGCAUUCGUGAGCACAUCAUGAUGAUGAACGACAUGGCCCGUAAGUUUAAGGGAUUGGACAUGGAGAUCAGUGAAUGUUUUCUGGUGCACUUCAUAAUGACUUCUCUUCCUUCAUCUUUUGAAGCUUUCAAGGUCAACUACAACACCCAGAAGGUCAAGUGGUCGAUGAAUGAGUUGAUUGCUAUGUGCGUACAAGAAGAAGAGCGUCUGAAGCUGGACAAACCUGAUGUGGCUUACCUCAUAACCGCUAAUACAAAGAAGAGGAAGGGCAAUGUCGAUAAGAAGGAUGUUUCUAAAGUCCAUAAACGUGAUGCAAGUGCUUCUUCCAGCUCUAAGAACUCCAAAGGGAAGUCUUACUGCAAGUUCUGCUGCAAGGAAUUACACAGACAAAACUGCCAAGACUUUAAGGAGUGGCUGACGAAGAAAGGGAUUCCUUACAAUCUAGAAGCUGGAAAGAAACCAAAGAACACUUAAACUGGGGAAUGGAACAGAACUAGGUGUCGAAGCCGUGGGAACCUUAGAAUUAAUAAUGAAAACUAGUUUAUGUAUUAAACUUUAUGAUACCUU